AUGAGCUUGUAUGAAUAUCACAAGCGGCAGGACCGGCCACGACCAGGCCACUUUCCUUACUAUGUUGGCCGUACCUUUACUAUCCGGCGCCAUUGGGCGCCACCGCCAUUUAAAAAUAAGUAUGCAUUCGCCAAUGGAAUGCGGCAACAUCAUGAUUACAGCCGGGGACCUCUGGGACUCACGAAACUCGAACGAUGCCUGCGACACCCACCGCAAGAGUGGCCUCUAGACGAAGAAGGCGAAGCAGAGGAGGGCGGAGACGAGGAUGGCAAUAAUGCAGGUCAAGAUGAAGGUCAAGACGGAGGUCAAGAUGCAGACGCGGUGUUUGACCGGGACGGGGUAUACACACUGGAGAUUGUCGAGGAGAUUGUCGCUCGCGACGGCCAUGGCGCCCAGAUUCUUCGCUGCCGCGUGGAAAGCGUCCAUAGCUCCGACAAGCCCGCACCCGAAUCCCAUUUUGUCGCCAAAAUCUACGAUGCAGCCUACUACCGAGACGACUCCGACUGGUUUGGUGACUUAUCGUUCGACGCGGACGGGGACUAUGCGUCCGAAGUACAUGCGUACGAGCAUCUGUGCACGGUAGGCGCCAAUGGUCGGUACACGCCGCGGUAUUAUGGCUCGUGGACAUUUGACUUGCCGGUGCCGCCGAAGGAAGAAGACGUGAGCUCGGGUUUGGACUCCGGCCCAAUGCCGCUUCCAGGCUUUUUCCCAGGCUACGUCCGGGGCAUGGUCCUGGACUCAGGCUCAGACUCUGACCGCCCCCGCCCAGCGACGCGUUCUGUGCGCCUUAUCAUCAUCGAGUACCUCGCUGGCAGCAGCAUGUAUGCCAUGCUGGUCAAGGGCGUUGUUGACGCAAUGCCCAUUCCGCGACGCCUGGAGGUGAUGGCGAAGACGAUGGAGAGUCUCUGCCAGGUCGAGUUUCUAGGGAUCGAGCACAAGGACUUUGAGCCCCGCAAUGGCGUCCUUCUUGAUGCUGCCCCCAAGACGAACGGGCCCUCGACACCUCCGGCACCGCCAAACACAAUCACAGACGAAGACAACGACAACGACGUGCGAAACAUUGUCAUCAUCGACUUUAACCACUCGUACGUUGUCAACUCGCGCUGGCUGGCGGAUAGGUGGCGACGAGAUCGGCAGAACGAGGUGCGCUGCCCCAUGCACCGAUUCUGGCGCCGGUCGCAAGAGCAGUUUGCGGCGUGGAUACCACACGUCUACCACAUGCGCCUACCGGUGUUCAACGGCUGGCUCAAGCACCGCUGGGCCAGCCAGGUCGACCGCUAUUACACGCCUUCGCCAAGAGAGCGUUAUUAUAGCGGCCUCGACGACGCCACCGAGUACAUUCCUCCCGAGUCGAUAACCUUGCCUGAGACCCGGAUUCCCGGUAGAAUUCUCCACUCGUUUGACCCAGAUUAUGGAAAGGAGCCACUGGAUUAUAAAAAAUAUGUAAAGGAGAAGUUUCGAAGUAUGGGCGGAGGUAGUGCAUAA